AUGUAUUGCAACUGCCUCAUCGGUGUCGUCUUCUGCCUGUUGGUAAAUCUUUUCAAAGCUGAAGAAAUCAGCAGCGAGGAUUCGAACUUCUCCUUGGAUCUGCCAGAAGUGCGGGGAAACAAGUUCCUCUACUUCGGCUUCGGGAGCAACAUGCUAGCCGACAGGAUCCACAUCAAGAACCCAACGGCUGUGAAGAUUGGGCCCGCCCUGCUUCCCGACUAUCGGUUGGACUUUGCUCGCCAUUCGGCUCGUUGGAAAGGUGCGGUGGCCACCAUUGUGCCCACUUUGGGAGAUCAUGUGUGGGGCACGCUCUGGGAAAUCGAUAUCAGCAAUCUGCCGGAUAUAGACAAACAAGAAGGCGUUAACAUGGGCAUUUAUGAGCCCCAAACGGUAUACGUUAAAGUGCGUAAUGAGUCCAAACAAACUCCUGCCCGUGCUUAUCUACUAGUCGAUCAACCGGAGACCAAUCUAUACGAAUUUUCAAAGGACUCUAUUCCUGCAUCCCGUCAACCCUCCCAUACUUAUUUAAAAUGUCUCGUGAAGGGCGCUAUUCAGAGCUCCGUUCCAGAGGAAUAUGUUCGGAAAUUGAUGGGCAUCAAGCACAAUGGUCGCGUGGUCAAAAAACUGGAAAAGAAACUGAAACUGCGGCAUAUCGAAUAA